AUGUCAUCCAACGUUGGGCUCACAACCCCCCGCGGCAGUGGAACCUCAGGCUACGUGCAGCGGAACUCCGCCUUCAUGAAGCCCCGCAACACAGGCUACGGCGCGCCCUAUCCUCCCGUCUCCGGCGCAAAUGGAGCCAUGGACCGACACUUCAAGCAGCGCAUGCCCGACAAGCAAAUUCUGGAACACGACCGCAAGCGCGCAAUCGAAGUUAAAGUCAUGGAAGAGCGGGAUCGAUUGGAAGAGGAGAAUGAGCGGAUUGAAGAUGAGCAGAAAAGCAAGAGCAAGAGCAAGAGCAACGAUAAUAAAGAGGAGGGUGAGACUGAGCAAGAACGGGUUCUUGACGAUGAGGAGAUUGAUGAGCGGUGCGAGGCUUUGAGGCAGAGGCUGCUUUCGGAGCUGGAUUCGGAAUUGGAGCGCGGCGAUAAGAAGAUUGAUAGGAGGAAUUUGAAGUCUUAUCAGGUUCAUGAGCUUGCGGAGGCAAAGAUUGAGGAGACGGAGAGGUUGCGUCGGGCAUUUGGAUUGAAAGAGGAUAGGGAGACUGGAGAGAUUUCCGGCUCGAGGGAUCGGGGACGCAGGGAUUAA